AUGAAGCCUCAGGAAACGUCGGUCUGCGCUACAUGUGCCAUUAGCAAGUCCACUGUGCGUAAAGGGAGUGUUUCUUCCUCCGUAUACACCGCUCCUCUUCAGUUAUUGCAGGCUGAUCUGUGCGGGCCGUUCAGAUAUGACAACUAUGUAGAUGGCAGAUACUUUUUAACUAUCCGGGAUGCUUAUUCCCGCUGUUAUUUUGCCCUCGUGCUAAAAGACAAGUCAGCCGCUACCUUGGCAUUUACCAACUGGAUCCUUGAGCAAGAAAACUAUUUCUCUACUCGGGGCGGUUACAAGGUAGGAACUGUCCGUACCGACAAUGGUGGCGAAUUCAAUAACACUGUUCUCCAUGAUUUUCUCAAACGAAAGGGAAUAUGCCACGAAUACACGAUUCCACAUAGCAGUUACCAGAAUGGGGGAGUUGAACGUGCCCAUCGCACGAUUCAAGAAAAGGUGCGAUAUCUGUUUUACGCUGGACGAGUACCGCCUUAUCUAUGGCCUGAGGCCCUAUCCUGUGCUGUGUAUCUUAUCAACCGCCUGCCUGUUGUCAGUCAUAAUGAUAUGAUCCCGUGGAGUAAAUGGAAAACUGACUGGAAUAAGCGGGUUACACUGGACCACCUAAGGACAUUUGGAUGCGCUGCGUAUGCCACUCUUCCUCACACCAACCGUGAUGGGAAGCUUGCGUCCACGGCCAUCUCGGGUGUAAUGGUAGGCUAUGCUGAAAAUCGUAAAGGGUAUCGUAUUUAUCAUCCCGCCAGUGAUAAGACUUACGUCAGUAACCAGGUUACGUUUGACGAAAAUCUUUUCCCGUUGGCCAACACCGAUGCAAGCCACAAAGCCUAUGACUUUGGCUCCAGCGCAAUAAGAGGUGUCCCUUCCUAUCCUUCUACCUCAGGAAGACUAACUACUUCUGAACCUUCGUGUUCAAACCCUUUAGACAAUUCUCUGUGCUGGUCGCUGACGGGAUUCAUCAUCACAAGGCGAUAG